UGAAAGCAGCGCGUGCGCUACCUCGCUCUUCUCGUGGGCUUGUUACAGUGUACAGAUUACAAACUACAAAGCUCUGAUCCCGGUCCGUCGUCUCUAGGCUUCCUUGUUCCUUACAGAUUACGAAAAAGCAACCUCUUUUACGGCUAUUUAUUUAUUUAUUUUUCGUAUACUCUCUCAAAACCCUCAUUUGAUCAUUAAUCGCAAUGACUCUUCAUCGAAUCUAAACUACAAGAAAGUCUAAUCCAACAAUCGUGUUCUCUGUUUAAUCUCUCUGUCUCUCUUGAUGGACGAUUCUUACAAUACCAAUCUCCCUACCAGCCAUCUAAUCGGUUCCGUACCUGCUGUUGUCAAUGAAGAAAAUAAUACCCCAAACUAUGAAGCCCCAAAAGCAAAUAUGCAAAAAUUCCCACCAAACAAUGGAGGUGGCAGCAGGCAGGGUUAUCAAACUCUUGGAAGUCCAAGCGAAGAAUUUGAGCAACAACCAGCAAACAACUGGAAAGGAGUGUUUAGUGUCUCAUCAUACACACAAUAUUUCAAUGUGGAUACUGACGUUGUGAUAAACCGAUUGAUGAGUUCUUUGAAUCCCAUGACUGGAGAUUUUUUCAGCAAGAUUGAUGCAAACCCUGAUUUGUAUGGACUUGUCUGGAUCUCCACUACAUUGGUAUUCGUGCUUGCUUCUCUUGGAAACUGUGCCACUUACCUCAUGCAAAAACGCACUGAUAGCAGCGCAUCUUGGAACUUUGAUGUCAGCUAUGUAAAUAUGGCGGCAUUUUCAAUCUAUGGUUAUGCAAUUGUGGUGCCAUUGGCUUUUUACUUCUUGCUUCAGUAUCUUGGAUCAAAUGCUAGCCUCGUACGAUUUUGGUGCAUGUGGGGAUAUUCUCUGUUCAUUUUCGUCCUAAGCUCUUUUCUCUUGGUUAUUCCUUUCGAGAUUCUCCGGUGGAUCAUUAUACUCGUUGCUGGCACUGCCUCAUCAUGCUUUGUUACAUUAAACCUGAGGUCGUAUAUGGAGAGUAAUGACCUAACAAUUGUGGUCAUUGCCUCAUUCUUCUUGCAACUAGCAUUGGCGAUUUUCAUUAAGGCCUGGUUCUUUCCAUAAGCAUCAUCCAGCAUGGUUUGUCUUGAAAUUCAAAUACACUAUUCGUAGCGGGGGUUGUGUGAGCCAGAGGUCCCUUAUGUUGGUCCCAUUGACUGGUUUGUUGACAUUACUCGAAUGAUGAUGGUUUAGCAAAGAGUUGGGUUUAUGGAAUGAAAGCAAACUUUUAUUAGCGUUCGACAUAUGGUGAAUUUCCCUUAUAUGAAGGUGAAUGCACCUGUGUUUUUGUCUUUUUUGAGUGCCGUAUUUCCUUUCUUGAACUUGAUUUAUUUGAUUGUGUAAAUUGAUUUGAUUUUCAAUAAAAAAUAAAAAACGUAUAAUAAUA